CCGCGGCCGUCUUGCCCGUCCGUCUGUGUUUAGGCGCAUGCGCAAGGGGGGUCGAGCCCUUUUCCGCCUGCGGAAGGCCCGUAGCUGAAAUUCGCUACCUGAGGAUCCCUGCAUCGAGGGCGCAAAAUCAGCCGAGAUGGGGUUCAUCAAAGUCAUCAAGAACAAGUCUUACUUCAAGAGAUACCAGGUCAAAUAUAGGAGACGACGGGAGGGUAAGACUGACUACUUUGCACGCAAGCGCCUUGUUAUUCAAGAUAAGAACAAGUACAACACCCCUAAGUACCGCCUGAUUGUGCGCCUCUCAAACAGGGAUAUAGUUUGCCAGGUAGCGUUCGCCAGAAUCGAGGGAGACAUGAUUGUGUGCGCUGCAUACUCCCAUGAGCUCCCCAAAUAUGGCGUGAAAGUCGGGCUGACAAACUACGCAGCAGCUUACUGCACUGGUCUUCUGCUCACUCGCCGGCUGCUGCAGAAAUUCGGGUUGGAUAAGAUCUAUGAAGGAGAGGUGGAUGUGACCGGUGACGAGUUCAAUGUGGAGAGCAUCGCAGGGAAACCCUCUGCGUUCACCUGCUACCUGGACUGCGGCCUGGCUCGGACCACCACUGGCAACAAGGUGUUCGGAGCCCUGAAAGGGGCAGCUGAUGGUGGCCUCUCCAUCCCACACAGCACCAAGAGGUUCCCCGGUUAUGACUCUGAGAGUAAAGAGUUCAGUGCCGAGGUACAUCGUCGACACAUCUUUGGAUUGAAUGUUGCUGACUAUAUGAAACAGCUGAUGGAGGAGGAUGAAGAUGCUUACAAGAAACAAUUCUCCUGUUACAUCAAGAAUGGCAUCACCCCUGACAUGGUGGAGGAAAUUUACAAGACUGCUCACCGAGAGAUACGGGCCAACCCCAGCCACGAGAAGAAACCCAAGAAGGAGAUGGUUAAAGCCAAGCGGUGGAACCGGCGUAAGAUGUCCCUGGCACAGCGGCAGGACCGUGUUGCCCAGAGGAAAGCCAGCUUCCUGCGGGCACAGGCAAAGGGCGACGAUUAAUCAGCAACAGAGUGCUUCUGCGUCCAUCUCUCUUCAACACCACUGUGUCCAGCCAGGCAAAUAAAAGAGAUUUUUAAACGUA